CCCCGCGGAGCUGUGCUUCUACUCGGGCCGCGUGCUCGGCCACCCGGGCUCCCUGGUCUCGCUCAGCACCUGCGGCGCCGCCGGCGGCCUGGUUGGCCUCAUCCAGCUCGGGCAGGAACAGGUGCUCAUCCAGCCCCUCAACAAUUCCCAGGGCUCGCUCAGCGGAAGGGAACAUUUGGUCAGACGCAAAUGGUCCUUGACACCCAGCCCCUCCACCGAGGCCCAGGCCCCUGGGCAGCUCUGCCAGGUUCUAACAGAAAAGAAGAAGCCGAGGAAGGUCAGGCCGUCUCAGGACUGGCGGGAGCGGAGGAACGCCAUCCGGCUCACCAACGAGCACACGGUGGAGACCCUGGUGGUGGCCGACGCGGACAUGGUGCAGUACCACGGGGCCGAGGCCGCCCAGAGGUUCAUCCUCACCGUCAUGAACAUGGUAUACAAUAUGUUUCAGCACCAGAGCCUUGGAAUUAAAGUGAACAUUCAAGUCACCAAGCUCGUCCUGCUGCGACAACGUCCCGCCAAGCUGUCCAUUGGGCACCACGGAGAGCGGUCCCUGGAGAGCUUCUGUCACUGGCAGAAUGAGGAAUAUGGGGGCGCACGGUACCUCGGCAACAACCAGGUUCCAGGAGGGAAGGACGACACGCCCCCCGUGGAUGCCGCUGUGUUUGUGACCAGGACAGAUUUCUGCGUGCACAAAGACGAACCGUGCGACACCGUCGGAAUUGCUUACUUAGGAGGCGUGUGCAGCACUAAGAGGAAAUGCGUGCUGGCGGAAGACAAUGGGCUCAAUUUGGCCUUUACCAUCGCCCACGAGCUGGGCCACAACUUGGGGAUGAACCACGAUGAUGACCACUCCUCCUGCGCCGGCAGGUCCCACAUCAUGUCGGGGGAGUGGGUGAAAGGCCGGAACCCCAGCGACCUCUCCUGGUCUUCCUGCAGUCGAGACGACCUUGAAAACUUCCUCAAGUCAAAAGUCAGCACCUGUUUGCUGGUCACGGACCCCAGGAGCCAGCACGCGGUGCGCCUCCCUCACAAGCUGCCUGGCAUGCACUACAGCGCCAACGAGCAGUGCCAGAUCCUGUUUGGCACCAACGCCACCUUCUGCAGAAACAUGGAGCAGCAUCUGAUGUGCGCCGGACUGUGGUGCCUGGUGGAAGGAGACGCCUCCUGCAAGACCAAGCUGGACCCUCCCCUGGACGGCACUGAGUGUGGGGCAGACAAGUGGUGCCGAGCAGGGGAGUGCGUGAGCAAGACGCCCAUCCCAGAGCACGUGGACGGAGACUGGAGCCCCUGGGGCGCCUGGAGCAUGUGCAGCCGCACGUGUGGGACGGGAGCCCGCUUCCGGCAGAGGAAAUGUGACAACCCCCCCCCCGGGCCCGGAGGCACGCACUGCCCGGGCGCCAGCGUGGAGCACGCCGUCUGCGAGAACCUGCCCUGCCCCAAGGGGCUGCCCAGUUUCCGCGACCAGCAGUGCCAGACGCACGACCGGCUGAGCAGCAAGAAGAAGGGCCUGCUGACAGCGGUGGUGGUUGACGAUAAGCCGUGUGAACUGUACUGCUCGCCCCUGGGGAAGGAGUCCCCGCUGCUGGUGGCCGACAGGGUCCUGGAUGGCACGCCCUGCGGGCCCUACGAGACCGACCUCUGCGUGCAUGGCAGGUGCCAGAAAAUCGGCUGUGACGGCAUCAUCGGGUCUGCGGCCAAGGAGGACCGGUGCGGGGUGUGCAGCGGGGACGGCAAGACCUGCCGUGUGGUCAAGGGCGACUUCAGCCACUCCCGGGGGACAGUCAAGAAUAACCUUUGUACGAAGGUGUCUACAUGUGUGAUGGCAAAGGCUGUUCCCAAGUGUUUCUCAUGUUAUAUUGAAGCUGCCAUCAUUCCCGCCGGAGCUCGGAGGAUCCGCGUGGUGGAGGACAAGCCCGCCCACAGUUUUCUGGCUCUCAAAGACUCCAGUCGGAGAUCCAUCAACAGCGACUGGAAGAUAGAACUCCCUGGAGAGUUCCAGAUUGCCGGCACCACGGUCCGCUAUGUCCGAAGGGGCUUGUGGGAGAAAAUUUCAGCCAAGGGACCAACCAAAGUACCGCUGCACUUGAUGGUGUUGUUAUUUCAUGACCAAAAUUAUGGAAUUCAUUACGAGUACACCAUCCCUGUAAACUACACUGCUGAAAAUCAGAGUGAACCAGAAAAACCCCAGGACUCCUUGUUCAUCUGGACCCACAGCGGCUGGGAAGGGUGCAGCGUGCAGUGUGGAGGAGGGGAGCGCAGGACCAUCGUGUCCUGCACACGGAUUGUGAACAAGACCACAACUCUUGUGAACGACAGCGACUGCCCUCCAGCGAGCCGUCCAGAGCCCCAGGUCCGAAGGUGCAACUCACACCCAUGCCAGUCACGGUGGGUGGCAGGCCCGUGGAGCCCCUGCUCAGCGACCUGUGAGAAGGGCAUCCAGCAUCGGGAGGUGACCUGCGUGUACCAGCUGCAGAACGGCACACACGUCACCACACGGCCCCUCUACUGCCAAGGCCCCCGGCCAGCGCCAGUGCAGAGCUGCGAAGGCCAGGACUGCCUGUCCAUCUGGGAAGCGUCUGAGUGGUCACAGUGUUCCGCCAGCUGUGGCAAAGGGACGCAGAAGCGGACCGUGACCUGCACCAACUCCCAAGGGAAAUGCGACGCGUCCACCAGGCCCAAGGCCGAGGAGGCGUGCGAGGACUACUCUGGCUGCUACGAGUGGAGAACCGGGGACUGGUCCAAGUGCUCGUCGACCUGUGGGAAAGGCCUGCAGUCCCGCGUGGUGCAGUGCAUGCACAAGGUGACCGGGCGCCAUGGCAAUGAGUGCCCUGCCCUCUCGAAGCCAGCUGCCUACAGACAGUGCCACCAGGAGGUCUGCAACGACAAGAUCAACGUGAACACCAUCACCUCCCCUCGCCUCGCUGCUCUGACCUACAAAUGCACGCGGGACCAGUGGACUGUGUACUGUCGGGUCAUCCGAGAAAAGAACCUCUGCCAGGACAUGCGGUGGUAUCAGCGGUGCUGCCAGACAUGCAGGGACUUCUACGCCAACAAGAUGCGCCGGCCACCGCCAAGCUCAUGACACGCACCCCCGCGGCCCCACAAUGCUCCCGCGCGAGGCCCGAGUCCUGAUGACAGGGCCGCCUG